AUGUAUAGAAAUUUAUUGAAAUUGCGCUACGCAUAUCAACCUUAGCCCACAUAAUUAACUCCAAUAAAGAUGACUGUGAGAGAAGCAAUAAAUCUUGCUAUGGAUGAAGAACUGGCUCAUGAUCCAAAUGUAUUUUUAAUUGGCGAGGAAGUAGGGCUGUAUCAAGGAGCGUAUAAAGUUUCAAAGGGACUUUUCUAAAAGUAUGGAGGCGAGAGAAUUAUUGAUACCCCAAUUACAGAGGCUGGAUUCACAGGAAUCUCAGUGGGAGCUGCCCUUUAUGGGUUAAAGCCAAUAGUUGAGUUUAUGACUUGGAAUUUUGCUAUGCAAGCAAUUGAUCACAUUAUAAAUUCAGCAGCCAAAGCUCAUUACAUGAGUGCUGGUGAUUAGAAGGCUUCAAUAGUUUUUAGAGGAAUCAAUGGAGCAACUGCAUAUGUGGCUGCACAACAUUCUCAAUGUUUUGCCUCUUGGUAUAGCAAUGUGCCAGGAUUGAUAGUGCUAUCCCCCUAUGAUUGUGAUGAUGCAAAAUCAUUAUUAAAGGCAGCUGUUCGUAAUCCAAAUCCUGUUGUAUUUUUGGAGAAUGAGAUUCUAUACAGUGAAUCAUUUGAAUUGUCUGCUGAGGCCAGAGAUCCAAAUUACAUUGCUCCAAUUGGAAAGGACUAAGAUCAUGAGGAAAGGUGA